AUGGUUAAAGAUAUUGGUCCCAUCGCAAAUCCAAAUGAGUAUGAAACAAUCCACCAGUUCAGGGCAAUAGAUAUAGACGGAAACGAAGUGUCUCUCAAAGAGUAUUCGGGAUACGUCUGCGUGGUCCUCAACACCGCCUCCAACAACCAACAAAUCAAAGACUACAUCAAGAGCUUCAACGUCACCUAUGACAUAUUCGCAAAAGUCAAGGUGAGCUGCUGUGGCCAACACCCUCUCUUCUCCUUUCUGGGUAGACACCUGGGCAACUGCAAGUGGAACUUCACCAAGUACCUAGUGGACAAGAAGGGUGUGCCCCGCAUGAGGUUCGGACUGAGCAACCCACCGGUGGAUAUGGUGAAGGACAUCGAGAGGAUGAUGAGCGAGAGAGAAUAA